AGCCAUUCCUUCCAGUGGCACGCGCGAGGGCGACUUGCGAAUGCCACUUCCGCUUGGCAUUCCACCGCGGCAGCCCGGCGGCUCGGAAGGGCUACCGACUGAGUACCUGGGCUUGCCGCCGUUCUUCCUCGAGAUCCUGCGGGAGCUGGCGAGGCACCAGGCCCAGCUGGGCGGCGUGAGGAACUUCGAUGGAUACCCCCAGAUCCGCGGCAAAGCGACAGCAGAGGACUUGAAGGCCCGUUUCACCAACUACGAGUACAUCUUCCUGCAGGUGGUGGGCUUCGCGAGGCUGCAUCAGCACGUCGAUGAGAUAGCGGCGAAGAACAACGGCCAGGGACACGCUACCAACCCAGGCACACAGCAGCUGGAACGCUUUUGCGGCAUGACCAUGCACGGCGACCGGCCUGGCGCCAAUGGGGUCUUGCGCUCGGCGGGUCCCAGCUUGGUGCGGGCCUUUCAGGUCUCUAGGACGACCAGAGGAGGGGCUCUCGAGUUCUUCAAGGUCGCAUUCGACAGAGAGGCAGAUCCGUGCCUAGAGGGGAGGGUGUCGAGGCUGCUCGACUACCUGGAGAAGCACGAGAGCGCCGCUUCCCCCUCGGCGGCGCCCUGGGAGGACGUAUCUCUUCGCCCUCUUGCCGCGUCGGCUACACCCACGGACAUAGUCGGCGAGCAUCUGCGGGUCUUCAUGGGGGAGCGCACGUACGAAUGGGCCCUUGCGAAAGGCCUCAGCUACGAGCAGGCCAAGGACGCUCGGCUGCGGCCAGAGCACGCCGCCGAUUUCGAGCGCACCUUCAACGACGUGACGUUCGCAGCGGCGCUGCGGUCCAAGGGCGUCGUGGCGGACCCGGUCCAGGUCAAGUGGGAGGUGCACUCCCGCAGCGGGGGCAAGUGGAUUCCCUACGACGCCAGCGUCAACGCGGCAAUUAGUGCUGCUGCAGCACGCAGGCAGCCGUCGCUUCAGGUGCAGGUGCGGUCGGGCUCGCACGCACGGAUGUACCAGAUCGACCUGCAGAAGGGGUGUCAGCGGAAUCCGAAGACAGGCACGGAGCACAAGAUCCGGUGCACCAGUGGAGUUUAUGGUCCGCAGUGGGCGGCGCAGAUGGGGGCCGGGGACGAGUGGACGCCGUACGGGGAGUCCACCGCUGCUGCGAUCGAGCAUGCCUUCCAGCGGGGGCAGGAGGCGGUGCAGGUGCAGGUGCAGGUCGGGCCGAGGCCCCAGAGGUACGAGGUUGACCUGCGCAGGAGCUUGCAGGUGAAUCCCGAGACCGGCAAGGAGAGAGCGGUGCGCCGCCUUGUGGAGCCCGCCGACAUGAGGGGCAAGGUCACCCUGGCGCAGGCCACGGAGGCUGUCAGGUACUUUGUGGACCUGUGCACGCUCCCUGAAGCUCCCCGUUCAUGCGCCAAGUGAUCUCAGGAGAAAACAGCGACCAAAGGCGCUGGAAGAGGGCAGGGCACGGAUCAGAUGUGGCCGUGGCCAGGAAAUCAUGCACGGACGGGGCCCUGCCUGCGGUGCACCUUUGCCCCUUUGGUGCCGCACGCCUUCGCUUGAUCCUUCACUCUUGGUGCCGUGAAGUCCACUCAGUGAGGUGUGCCUCUGAGUGCCGCGGGAUGAGGGACGAUGAUGAGGAGGAUGAGGAGGAAGAGGUUGAGAGAGCAUGAGGCGCAGGCCUAAAGGGCCAGGGUUGUAGAGCAGAGCCAUGGCUGCCGCUAGCCAUGCCGCCAGCUUGGGCCAGCUCAGAAGUGAUAGCAGUGCUUAGAUGUCUCUGCAGUGGUUUGGCCGCUCUCCCUAUUCGAACUCCCUCCUCCCUCCCUUUAUCUCUCCUCACUCUAUCUCUUCUCUCCUCUUGUUGGGUACAUCUCCAUACGUCCGCACGCCUGAUGUGUUCGAAGUUUACCCGCGGUAGAUUUUCGCAGUAUGGCAGCACGGGCAAUUGUCCUACGUUUGCGGCUCGUAGUCUGGUGUGCGCGUCUUCCGUGUAGUUUCGUGUGAUCGGUGCUGAUCCGUGUGUGACUGGGCACCCCUCUCUGGGGCGCCUGUUCAACAGCGUCCCAUGCUGGAUUGCAACCGGGCUCGCCUAGCGCUAAGCCGUCGGCGAAUCAAGAAAGGCUUCCCUCCCCC